GAUACAACCUCAACACACAUACGUGUAAGCCGUAGAAGAUCCGUUAGCUGUGUGCAACACCUGGUAACAUACGUUGUAUUGCAGCAACCUUGCUUCGUAGGUAACACAGAGCAGGUAUCAUAGAGAAUGGGUUAUGCGACGCUGCAAUCGGCCAGCAGCGCCGAUGGGCCUAUUGGAUCAAACGGAAAUGACGAGGAAGCCUCGUUGGCAGCCGUCGAAGCCUUCCUUUCGGACAGCCCGGUCUCCGGCGAGGCCGUAGCCGAUAGUAUCGCAGAGUUCUUGUCUAGGCACUCCAGCAGCAGCGGCACGAGCGGAGGCUCAGGGAACAACCUUGUCGACAGACCCAUCGUGGUUGUGACGUCCGGGGGCACCACCGUGCCGCUAGAGCGCCGCUGCGUUCGCUUCAUUGACAACUUUAGCGCUGGGACGCGAGGGGCAUUGUCCGCCGAGAGAUUCCUUGAGGCAGGCUACGCGGUCAUAUUCCUCACCCGCACAGGCUCACAGCAGCCUUUCGCACACCUGCUUCCCUCCACGGACCCUCCGGAGCUCGUCAACCGGAUAGCCUGUCUGGCCCCAGAAGUAAAGCAGGACAGCGAAGCAGGCAGCUCGGGCGCUGCGGGGCCGUCAUCCUCGGGUGCAUGCGCCAGCAGCGACAGCGCCGUCAGCAUUCGCCCAGAGCAGGCCGCAGCGGUGGCUCGUGUGCUGCGUCUGCAGGCUUCCUGCAGGGGGGCUGGCACGCUGCUGGCAAUCAAGUAUGAGACCAUUUUCGAGUACAUGACGUACCUGCGGCUGCUCGCUGACCUGCUGCGGCCGCUGGGGUCCCGUGUCAUGUUCUACCUGGCUGCGGCGGUCAGCGACUUCUACGUGCCCUGGUCCCAGCUGGCGGAGCACAAGAUUCAGAGCGCGGACGGCCCCCUGACUCUGCAGCUGCAGAAGGUGCCCAAGAUGCUUGGCGUGCUGGUGCACGAGUGGGUGCCGGGCGCGUUCGUGGUGAGCUUCAAGCUGGAGACGGACCAACGCAUCCUCGUGAAGAAGGCCAGCGGCGCUCUGGAGCGUUACGGUGUGCACCUGGUGGUGGCCAACCUGCUGCACAACCGCAAGGAGGUGGUCACACUGGUGGAGCGCAGCCAGCAGGGCAGCAGCAUUGGGGCGGCGCAGGCGGGCGCGGGCGCAGGCGAGGAGGGCAAUGGCGGUGGCGUGGCUGUGGUGGAGGUGCGGCGGCCAGCCGAGGAUGUGGACAUUGAGCGGUUGCUGGUUGUGGAGGUGGCGAUGAGGCAUCGGGCGUUCCGGGAGAGGGCCGUGAAGGGAUGAUGGAAUGAGAAGGGUGAUGGGGCUGGGAACGGGUGGCUUGGGGAAGAGGUGUGAAGUGUGCAUGUCGCUGACUAAGAGGAUAGAAGACAGGAUGGUUGUGCUUAGGGUUGGAGAAAUGCGGAGUUGCAGGUGCUAUAAGCGGUAUGGUAGGUCUCCCGGUAUGCCAUGCAUAAGGGUCGCGAGUGGGUCGCUGUUGAAGCGAUGGUAAAGUACCGGUAUAUAUGUAAUGGCAGAUAUUUGUGCCGAAAGUUUUUAUUCCCUUGCUUUGCUACGUUAUAGCACCUUUAAGGGCCUGCUGAGUACUGGGGGAUAACCGAGAACAAAGGUUGGUGCCGUAGAUGCCGUUAAAAAGAGCGGUGCCGAAACAGGCUCGCUGGCUGCCGAUGCGUACUUCGAUUUUAUUGGUACGCGUUUGCGUUUAUGCUAGUCGUAUGACUUCUGGAGGUGUUGAGCGUUGCUUUUUGGUGAAUCGCCAGCGGUUGGCCUGCCUGACACCGCAGUACAAAAGUUCAAUGUUUGUUAAAAGAGCUAUACGAGGCCUACUAUGUGUCCGGCGUUUGCUGUGGCUGGGAGGUAUCCUUUGUAUUGCUGGUUAAGAAGAGUCCUUUAUGGUCCUUCGGAGCCAAGGCACCUGCUCAAUGCCGAGGGGAUUCUUCGACCACGUUUGGGAGCCAACAAUAACUAGCGGAACUGAACCUCUUGCAUUUUGCAGAAGACUCUAAAUUGACGCUUGGCAGUGUCCAAGUUCUCGUACUGCGGUCCCGUACGUGCCUUUGUCCGCUUCCCUUCCACCCUGCUCCCUUUUUCAGCCAUGCUAGUGGAGACUUAAGUUGCAUCCCACAUUACUGAAUCGUUGUACCCAAUCUGCAUAGUUAGGCUUGGCUACAAAGGAACCAGAAAAUGCUCGGCAAUGGCUCCCAGCGUCGAGCCAGUGCCCGAGCACUUGGACGCAGCACACCAGCCGCAAUACGGCCCCGCCGCUGCAGGCGCUCAACGACGUUGAGGACACUGGCGUUGAGCUUGUCCAGUUCUGGACCAAACUCAUCCGGAGCGGCUGGUACCCCGGGCAACACCAACAACAGCGGCAUUCUGCGCAGCAUAAGGUCCAGAGUCGUGGCGGGCGCUGUAGCUACAAGUGCAGUAAACGUAGAGCAGCAUUUACUGACAUUAUCGCGCUUUCUGACACCCUCGGGCGAGGAGCAUAUGGAGCUUCUGCCAGCAGCACUUGCAGCAACAGAAGCUAUUCGUGACACGGUCGCCACGGCAGUAAAUAGCAAGAUGCCGGGAGUUAAGACCCUCCAGACGAACGUUGUCACGUCGGGCGCACUUGGACCGCUGACAGCCCUCGCCCAGCGAGGCUACCCAGUCGCCUUUGAAGCCCUACAAAUAUUGUCAUAUCGCAAUACGCACGUUUGCCAACAACUUGUGGAGAAGGGCUUGGUGGAGCUUAUAUCCCACACGCUCAGCGACAGCAGCGUGGACCUGCAAUGCGCCAUGUGCUUCCUGUUAACCGCCUUCGCCGCCUUCGCGGACUCCUCCCACGCACCCAUGAUGCGAUCCGGGCUGGUGCCCAAGCUCGUGAUGCUUUGCCGGACAACAGAGGUGGGCGGCAUGGCGGUUGAAACCGGUUCGCGGGUGGCCACGCUGCAGACGCGCGCCGCCGCGGUGCUGCGCAACCUGGCUCACAACCAGCGCAACCACGCGGUGCUCAUCCAGGCGGGGGCGGUGGAGCCGCUGGUGGACAUCAUGCGGAGCAGCCAUGACCCCGCCUCCCGCAUCAACGCAGCAGUUGCGGUGGCCUGCCUGGUGGGGCACGAAGAGGGCAACCCGCGGCUGCAGCUGGACGAGGAGCUGGUGGGUGAGAUGUUGGAGGUGCUGGACUCGUCGUGUCACGGCGGCAUGCGGCACGGCAUCUUCUGGACGGUGUGGAAGCUGUGUCAGGGGCUAGCGUCGUUGAGCGUGAACGAUAAGAACAAGGAGAUGAUCACGGCCAAGGGCGGUGUGGAUAUCCUGGCGGAGGUGGUGAUGAGCAAGCACCACAACCAGGAGACCGCACACCGCUUCGCGCUGUCCGCACUCUGGAACCUGGCCUUCAACGAGCGCAGCAAGGCGGUCAUCAUCGACACCCCCGGGCUGGUGGACUCGAUCCGAUCCAUCCUGGCCACCUCCGAGUCGCCCAAGACGCGGGAGGUGGCCAAGGGCGCGUUGUGGACGCUGGGUCUGGAGCAGGACGUGAAGAGCCUGCAGGAGGGCGGCGGGCGGUUGGUGGCGGUUGACGAGGAGGUGGAGCAGCAGACGCAGCACGUUAUGUUGUCGUACGAGUGGGGCUGUCAGCAGUCGGUUAUGCUAAUCAAGAGCGAGCUGCAGAAGGCGGGCUACCAGACCUGGAUGGACAUUGACAAGAUGAGCGGAAGCACCCUGGAGGCCAUGGCCAAGGCCGUCGAGGACUCUGCCGCCGUGCUCGUCUGCGUCAGCAAGCGCUACAAGGAGAGCCAGGCCUGCCGUACGGAGGCGGAGUACGCCUUCCAGCAGCGCAAGAAGAUCGUGCCGGUGCUGAUGGAGGCGGACUACAAGCCCACGGGGUGGCUGGGGGCGCUGAUGGGCACCCGACUGUACUUCAACAUGUCGGAUCCGCGGCAGAUACCCGCCAAGAUGGGCUCGCUUAUAAAGGAGCUGGGGGAUGCGGGCAGGAUCAACCUGCUGCCCAAGGACGCCGCGAUUCGCAGCGCCUCUCUGGCCAUGGCCACCGCCUCAGACCGGGCCGACAGCUGGAACGUGUAUGAGGUAGAGGAGUGGCUCAAACGCAUCAAGUGCUCGGACUACGUGGGGACGUUUCGGGAGCACAACAUGGACGGUGUGGCGCUGAGCGGGCUGUACCGAAUGGGAACCGACAUGCGUUUCCUGCAUGAGACACUGCGGGCGGAGUUUGGGGUGGUGGUGAUGGGACACCGAUUGAGGCUGAUUGAGGAGUUGAAUAAGCUGUUUGGUUAGGAGGAGAGGUGGGAGGGGUUGUUGUGAGGGUUGAGGAGGAGGAGGAGUGGCGGGUUUGGGAGGCGUGCGGGAAGCGGUCUGGCAGGGGGUACCGGUAUGUUUGGUGGUUCAAAGAGGGGAGCUCGGUGCCAGAACGCUGGGAUUGAUGUGGAGGAGGAGGAGCAUGGCAAGAUGGCAAGAUGUAGUAGUAGUAGCCUUCUGAGAAGAGAUAACAGAGAGUUAUAGACGUGCUAGUAGUUAUGUGGUUGUCGGUUGGUUUGCCGGUGGGGUCUGUCUUCAAACUUCAAACGCCCCGAGGACACCAUGCCAGGUUGCUUAUAAGUUGAUCAGGGUCUUGGUGGAUGGGAAAAGGGUCGGCGUUAUGCACGAAUGCACGAACACAACAAAGUACACAGUGCUGCAUCGGGCAUGGCCCUUGGGAGGCAAGAGGUUUCGCUGUGAGGGUUGCUUUCUGCAUGCAGGCAGGAGGGUCAUGUUUGCAUGCAUGUACAGGGGUGCUUUGGUGAGAGCGACCCUCCUUGGUGAGCGGUCCUGAUGCUGCCGCUGCCACUCGUGCGCUGCGCAGCAUACAGCAGCCUCCGCUUCAUGCAUUACCGGUAUUUGCUGCCAUGCAUGUUGCGUGCACAGCGCCUCUCCCAGGACGUGUAGAGCGGUGUUUCCCGGGGUGCCUGCCUUCUCUUAACGUAUGUGUUAAGAAAGCUGGCCGUGUAUGAGACAUGCGUUGAGUAGUGGACUUAGUAAGGCCUCCAACGGUCUCCAACGGAUGCCGUUAAAGCGCAUGGCCGCGGCUAAAAAUCGUUGUGGACGAGCGUUGGCCUGGGGUGCGCUGCUGUUGGGAGGACAACUAGCACGGGCCGGUUAGUUGUCGGUUGUCAGUUGUGUCUCGUCAUGACAUGGAAGAGACGGUUUAUGUGCUCCCUCGAUUGUGAUCUGAUUACAGUUUGCCUCAGCUCCCCCACACACAUUGGAGCUGCGACAAAAGGGUAUUGUUUGCAUUUCGAGCUGCGGAGCGGAAGAGGGAAUCCUUUGGGGGUGUUGGUGUUAGUCAUCAUCCCCUGAUGUGCUUUCGCGCGGCGGCCUGCGACUUGCAAAGGCAUACGUAGCGCUUCUGCGUUAUAGGGCAUAACGUGGGCUACGUCAGGGGUGAUCACGGGGUUAUGGAGAGUCGCCGUUGGGUAAGGAUGGUACAACUUUCGUGAUCGUACGGUUAUCUAGUUUUAUAUAAGUUGAGUAGCUAAUACCGGUAAUGGGUUCUUGCCUUUCCUAAAGAGGAAAGGCAAGAUAUUGUGUGUUUGUGCUGUUAAGGUGCUGUGUAUGCUUCUUGCGCCGCAGGACGGAUGGACCAUUAGAAGAUGCGGCUGCAAAAGCGGGUGGGAGGAAUUAGAGAGCAAGGAGUGUGCUAUGAAAACUGGCCGCGAGUGUGUGUGCAGGUGUUUUGCUGAGCAAGAUCAAAUGCCUUUUCAUCGCACUAGAAAGGUCAUUUACGGCCCACUUCUACCCUUAUGGCAUUUGUCCGUGGUGAAUGUCGUUGGUGAUUUGGUUGGACGGUGGUUCAUUGUGGGUCGGUUGCAGGUCCGCCGGGGGGCGCCGUUGGCCCGAGCGUCCGUAGUUGACGGUAUGACGGUUUUGUCGUACAAGCAAACGGUUGUCGUGACGCGCGGGUGCAUGCAUGGCGCAACAACAGUCUCUAUGCCACAAGGUGACCCGUGGGUCACUUUGCAUGGGGUGUGCGCGCGGGAGGACAUGACGCCUAAUGAUGGGGGCGAAACACCUGAGGCGUCCCAGGCACCGUCACAGCAUACGCCCCUAACGUUGCGCUUCUGUUUCUCGGGGUCGGGGGGACCUUCCUUUUCAGGUCCCUCAUUUUGAUAUUGUUGUAUCUGGGUCAUAGCCGUGACAGUGGUGUUGUGGUGGUGAUUGUGAUAUGAGAGCCUUUCAUAUGAGCGUGCACUUUGGCCCUUUCGGGUGUGUUUAUUGGGGUUUAAGCGUGAUGAUUGCUGAUGAACAGAUACACAGGGUUUAUUGAGGAGAAGUCAUUAUAUUGUAGAGCUCUUAUAGCAUUGCCUCUUUGAUAGUUUUCCUGCAGGGGCGACGAUAGCGGUGUUUGGAGGUGGUGUUGGGAGCUUUCCUGUGUGUGUAUUAUGACUCAUGGUUUGGAUCCACUCCUUAAGGAGUAUGGUAUAAUAUGACAUCCACUCCUGUGAUGCUCAUAAGGCUGUGCGGAUGCGUAUACGGAUAAAAAAGUCACAUGCGGUGAUUAAGAAUGUACACAGGUUAUGUCAUCGGUCGUUUGGAGCCUGCCUUGCUCUUCGGAGACUCCUUAAGAGGGUACGUUUGGCCCAUGCGAUUCACCGAUUCCGAGGCCCUCUCAAGAGGCUUCAAGAGUCGGGAACGAUGCAGGGUACCAUGGUUAGAAGUGGCCUCCCAUACGCGCGUGGUGCUCGUCUGAUUGCGGUCUGUUAAGCUCGUCGUUCGAGCCGCAAUGGCUUCUUUCCUUGCACAUGCCUUUGAUCUUUACCUCUGUCGAUGCGUCUAUGGAUGAUGAUGCACCCUGGGCCUUGUAUUGUUGUAGCAAUACGUUGCAGCUCGGUACUACAAGGUAUUGUUGAAUUGCAACGGUGACAAGAAUGCUGCCUGCCUACAGCGCGGUUACAUGUGUGCUGCGCCUGCAUUAGUUGUUGCUGGUUGUAACUGACACAAUGUCUACACGA